AUGAACCCCAUAUCUGUCACUGUUUGGGCGUUGGAGAGCCAUUGUUUUAUCGUGUAUAGUGUUUUGGCGGCAUGUUUUAUAGCUCUCAGUGUGUUCCAUAAGAAUAGACUGCAGGCAUGCGAAAAUAGAAUUGGCGUUACCAAGAAAGUUGCGCCAAAUUCUUAUACGGAACGGAGAGAACGCGACAGGCCCGACGAUGAAGACGACCCCGAUUAUCUCAUUUCAGCUAUCCCAGAAGACACGCCCCACGUGCCUUUUAAAGCAAUCAGAAGGUCGUCUGAAGAAAUUAUCAAGAGAUCCAGAGAAUAUUACGAUCUGAUGGCCACCAGACGCACCGUGAGGAGCUUUAGCACCGAGCCCAUCCCUCAGGAGGUCUUAGACAACAUCGUUAAGACAGCAGGUAUGUAUUAUUAA